UCGGCCAUCGGGCAGUUGCAACCGAAGCUCCACAACAAUCGGAUCAAAUUUCCACCUAGGAAAUGCGAAAACUCUCGGGUCGAGUCUGAGCUUCCACCUUAUCGUUGUUCGUUAUGUUCCGGGCAAGUGUCUCUAUCAAUCUUCUCGCAUUAGUGAAAUCGGAAGAUCGCGAGAAAGAGCCCAAACCAGUCGCUUAAUCGUCAUAAUCGCGGUGUUGUGAUCGGCGUGUUUCGGAAAUUCGUGUUGGAAGUUUUGGAAUUGAUCGGAAGAUUUUAACAUGGGUCACGAUAUUUACAACUACGGCGACCGGCUGAGCUGGGAGAAACUUGGUGAGAGGAAGACUUUACUGUCGGAUAUCGAUGAACUGCCCAACAUCAUCAUCGGAGACCGAGUCCUGCGGCUCGAGGUCGAGGACCUGUCUCCAGAAAUGAAAGAAGUGGCGCGCAAGGAACUGCGGGAAAACCCCGACAAUAUACAGGCCGCCAUCGAGGAAUUAAGGGCCCUCCUUCAAGAGGACGAAGAGCUGACAGUUCCACUCGACAAUGACACGUGGUUAAUUCGGUUUUUAAGGCCUACCAAGUUCUACCCAGAAAGUGCCUACAAACUUAUUCAAAACUAUUAUGCUUUUAAAAUCAAACACAAUGAUGUCUACGAUGGACUGAAACCUAGUACAGAAAGGAAUGUCUUCGAACAAAAUAUACUCACAGUGUUACCUGAGAGAGAUCAAGACGGAAGACGAGUUCUGAUUUUAGAAUUAGGAAAAAAAUGGAAGCCAAAAAAGUGUAGUCUGGACGAAGUUUUCAAAGGAGCAGUGUUAUUCCUGGAGGCCGCCAUGAUGGAACCAGCAUCCCAAGUUGCUGGCGCUCAAGUCAUUUUUGAUAUGGAUGGACUCACCCUCCAACAAACGUGGCAAUUCACUCCUCCCUUUGCCAAGAGAAUAGUCGACUGGCUCCAGGAUAGUGUACCACUUAGGAUUAAGGGUAUCCACAUUGUUAAUCAGCCGUACAUCUUCAAUAUGGUCUUCGCACUUUUCAAACCUUUCCUUCGCGAAAAGCUUAGGAGCAGGGUAAUUUUCCAUGGUACCGACCGUGAAUCUCUGCACAAAUACUUCAACCCGAAAAUGUUACCAGACACCUAUGGCGGAAACCUUCAUGUUCCCACUAUCUCUGGUUCUCAGUGGUAUGAACUCCUCCUAUUGUGUGAUAAAGAAUACGACGCUAUCAAUGCUUAUGGAUACAGAAAGAGGAAAGCAGAGAAGGACGCAAAAUCAAAAAAGAAGUAAUCACUUUACCUGCACCAAUCCAAUCAUUCCAGAUGCAUCUUAAGAAGUCAACGAAAAUCACUUCUCAUUUGGAGGAAAGACGAAGAAUCUAAUUCUUAAAUAUCAUCACAAAGCGAACGUUCCUGUGAUUUUUAAUUCAAGUUUUUCUUUACUUACUGUAGGUACUUUUUUUUCUUUCUUUCUCUUCUUUCUUUUAUUUAAGUUAUGAAUUCGAAAUAUGAUGUUCGUACGUUUAUUAAGAAUGUAUAAGUUUUGUAUGUUUAUAUUCUUUUAUUUUAGUUAGUCAAUUACGUAAGUAGGUGACUGCUUGCCGCAGUUUUAUUCCUCGUCCAUUCCAUCACUUGUUUCUCGAUUUCUUAAAUGUAUAAGUAUGUUUGCGUUCUUUUUGCAUGCUUACCUAACGACUUAAACUCAUUUUCCUUUAAGUUAUCAAGUUUUGCGUUUUUUAUUUUUUUUUAUUUUUGUAACUUAUUAUUCUUUUUUUAAUUCAAAAGAGAUAAAAACAUUUAUGCUUGCCUCUCUUUAUAAUUGUUUUACUCGAGAAGACAUAGCUACAUGAGGAUCUAGCUAAGAUAUUUCUUGACAUCAACGUGAGGUCUUCCAACUUUUGAAAUCGGGAAGAUAUUAUUUUUAGGUCUAAGUUUAAAAGCAAUACUUUUUCAAGGAAUUUGGCUGGUGAUAUGUAUUUCUUUACCAUUUUAUAAAUAUAUGUAGACUCCUUUAAAAUUAAUCGAAUUGUGUCUUCCACUAUAACCUGGAAAACAAUUGUUCCAGUAAAAUUGAAACUCUGCCUUGUGAUUUUCGGAUAUUAUUCCUCCUUUUGAAAAAUAUAAAAAAAUAAAAAAAAAAACUUUAAGAGUGAAUAAAAAAUAUUUUGUCUGUGAUUUGAUGUCUAUAAACACGGAGAUCACUUUUUAUCUUGUACAAAACUCAUCACCGAAAUUUUUCUCAAUGUUAUUAAUCAGAAACUUAAAAAAGUAUGAAUUUUUUUUUUUUCUUACUUUUUGAUCGAUCGAAUAAUAUUGUUACCAUAAAUUACGGUUUGAAACGCCAGACUUUCUACCCAUGAGUUUUUAAAUGUGAUCUGAUUCUAAUAUCAAAAUUUAUAUUAUAUUACAUACUUUCUAUUUUCCACUCCAUCUACACCUGUUAUCCUUAUUAUAAUAUCUCUGAGACGUAUCAACACUCAUUUUUGGCUCACAUCAGUAUUCAAAGAAUUCCCAAAAUGAGAUGGGAAAGGAGGCAAAAUGAAUGAUAGAUCAAAUCAUUCUGAAGGACCACCAUCGUCUCCAACACAAACUUCCGGCGUAGAAAAUGAAUUUAUUUAAAUGCUUAUUUAUUUAUUUAUCUAUUUAUUGAUGUUUUUCGCUUCCAAGAAGUUUUUUGUGAAAAAUGUUACGAUUUUGAAGAUUAUAAAACUGACUUCCCAUGAAUAAUAGCUCAAAAAUGUGCCUCAGAUUCAAAAUGUAUUUAUUUUAAUAAAGAAAUUUAAUUGUUUUUUAUUCA